CUGCGGGGGCCGGAGUGGGCCGGAGGGCCGGGGGAUGGCGCUGCUGGACCUGGCCCUGGAGGGAAUGGCCGUCUUUGGGUUCAUCCUCUUUUUGGUGCUGUGGCUGAUGCAUUUCAUGGCCAUCGUUUACACCCGAUUACACCUCAACAAGAAGGCAACGGACAAACAGCCAUAUAGCAAGCUUCCAGGUGUGUCCCUUCUGAAACCAUUGAAGGGAGUUGAUCCCAAUCUAAUCAACAAUUUAGAAACAUUCUUUGAGUUGGAUUAUCCCAAGUAUGAAGUACUCCUUUGUGUACAAGAUCACGAUGAUCCAGCCAUCGAUGUAUGUAAGAAGCUUCUUGGGAAACACCCUAAUGUGGAUGCUAGAUUGUUUAUAGGUGGCAAAAAAGUUGGCAUUAACCCUAAAAUUAAUAAUUUAAUGCCAGGAUAUGAAGUUGCAAAGUAUGACCUGAUAUGGAUUUGUGAUAGUGGAAUAAGAGUAAUUCCAGACACACUUACUGACAUGGUUAACCAAAUGACAGAGAAAGUAGGCUUGGUCCAUGGACUACCUUAUGUAGCAGACAGACAGGGGUUUGCUGCCACAUUAGAGCAGGUGUAUUUUGGAACUUCACAUCCAAGGUCUUACAUCUCUGCCCAUGUAACUGGUUUCAAAUGUGUGACAGGAAUGUCUUGCUUAAUGAGAAAAGAUGUAUUAAAUCAAGCAGGAGGGCUUAUAGCUUUUGCUCAGUACAUUGCUGAAGAUUACUUUAUGGCUAAAGCAAUAGCUGACCGAGGUUGGAAGUUUGCGAUGUCCACUCAAGUUGCAAUGCAAAACUCUGGCUCAUAUUCUAUUUCUCAGUUUCAAUCCAGAAUGAUCAGAUGGGCCAAAUUACGAAUUAACAUGCUUCCUGCUACAAUCAUUUGUGAGCCAAUAUCAGAAUGCUUUGUUGCCAGUUUAAUUAUUGGAUGGGCUGCCCACCAUGUAUUCCAAUGGGAUAUUAUGGUAUUUUUCAUGUGUCAUUGCCUGGCGUGGUUUAUAUUUGACUACAUUCAACUUAGGGGUGUCCAGGGCGGGACACUGUGUUUUUCAAAACUUGAUUAUGCUGUAGCUUGGUUCAUCCGUGAAUCCAUGACGAUAUACAUCUUCUUGUCAGCGUUAUGGGACCCUACUAUAAGUUGGAGAACUGGUCGGUACAGAUUGCGCUGUGGAGGCACAGCUGAGGAAAUCCUAGAUGUAUAA